AUGCAGCUUGUUGAUGAAGCUGAACAGAUUUUAAACAAAAUUGCUCUGCUGGGUGAGUCUCCUCCUUUUAAGGUUCAAGUUAGUCUUUGUGAUAUGUAUGCAAGGACUAAAAUGGAGAGAAAGGCACUUCAAACACUAGGCGUUCUGAUAGCUAGGAAGAACGAAUUAAAUCAACACGAGUUUGAGAGGGUUAUAUCCGGCCUUAUUGGUGGCGGGUUUUUGAAGGAUGCACAAAGAAUGCUUGGGAUCAUGGAGGCACAGGGUUUCAAAGCAUCUGGACAGCUUAUUUCUGCCCUUAAAUCUGGCCUCUUACCAUUAAGCAUGAGGUCAUGA